AAUACAGGAAACUUGAGGUAGAGCAAGGCAAUAAAGUACAUUUUCAAACAAGAUACAGUAAACAGAGAUAGUCUACUAAAAAUAAAAAAUUAGAACAAAAAUAGAAAAUUGUCACCUUCAGGAAAUCAGGAGGUAACUCUUAUAAUGAAACCAUAAUUGUUUUAAUCAACAGAGCAGUUUUAGUGGCUUUCUUGUUAAAUGAUGAACAAAGAGAGUCAUAGAAUAACUUUAGAUUGACACAGAAAAGCCUAAAAUUGGGCUUAGAAUCAGUGACUUUACAUUUAUGGAGAUGAAACUGGCCACAGAGAGUUAGCUGUUUUAACCUGUCAUCCAUCUCCUUUGACCCGGAGUCCCAAAUCAAAAAGAGUACAUUCAAUAUUUCAAAAAUAAAAAGUUUGUUGUAAGCAGAGAAAAUAAGCCAGGCUACUUCUUUCCAGAACUCCAUUGCUUAAUCACAUACCACAAGUGUGGUAUAGUUUCAAGAUUAAAGUUGCAGAAUGUAUAUUGUGAAGAGAUGUCCAACUUAAACUUAGAAAGAAGACACAGGGAUAGUUACAGGGAUAGUAAAUAUGAAUAAUUUUAUAGUGAAGUUCUUUCAGCUUGUUAGGUAACAGAAACUUAUUAAUGCCAAUCCAAAUGUUAAUAUUAGAAAGAGAAGGAUAAUUUAAUUUCCACUUGAAAAAAGCUUUGGGAUGACAGCUGAUUUUCCUAAUAAGGAUUCUUCUAAUCCAAAAAUUGUUACAUUUGACAUUGGAAAGCUCCAAUCCUCCAAUGGAUAAUUGGGGUAUUUCACAGACUGAUACUCUGUAACUACAGUAUGACCUGACCACAUGCAACAGUUUAGGUGAAAUACAGUUAAUAACCCAGUUAUAAACUCUAGGUGAGGUAUCCACUCCAAAAAUGGCAGUAAAUUCAGUAUAGGAAUAAAAGCUGCCAUCAUUUUUUUACAAAUCCAAAACAAAAAUUACACCUUUGUCAAACCAGUUCUUAAUAAAGCUAGAUUUUUUUCCACACAGCACAUACUGAUUGUUCCAUAUAAUACUCCUAUGAGGGGAAAAAUUGUGGCAGAAGGCAAGCUCUGGAGGACGAAGCCUUCCAAACGAAACACAGCCAGAGAAAAUGCAGCUGCAGUGAAUCAGAGACAUGUCAGCUGACCGAUCACAUGAUCAUUUCCGGAAGUGUGGUUCACAAAGGAAACAGUUAAUAGCUAUGGCAGCAAUAUUUAACAGUUUUGCUGUUUUGUUUCUCUGCUUGAGCAUUAUUUUUUCCAGUGUAGUGUGACCCUGAUGUGAAUACGGUGUCCUUGGAGUCACUGGCCACAGAUUGUGGUUGUCAGGAACUGAAAAGCAGUGGUGCUGCUGUUGACAUAAGUGAGGGAAACAAACUGAAACACCACAAUGGUGCAAACAUGUAUUCCAGAACAGCUUAAUAAAAUCCACACAUGCCAAAACAUGAUAUACACAGCAAAGUAAGUUUAUUGUCACAUAUUUGCAGUUGCAUACAUGCUUAGCCGUAGACUAGGGACAAAUCUGUCCCCAAUAGUGAGCUAAAUCUCUUAAGGGUGGUUUUUUGGUUAGUCUAGUAAUUACAAUUUAUAUAAAUACAUUUAUUUAAAACCAUUGUCAAAAGUCAGUCAAGCUCAAUUUAGAUAGCCAAGUAAAUAUGUUUGUAUCAGCUGGUGCUGCUGCAGGGAGUUUGGUUUAUGAUGGGUUCAGAUGACCCUGGAAUACUGCAGGAUGGAGAGGGACCUCAGAGGAGUGUGUGGCUGGACCCUUUUUACACUGAAAAUCAUGAAGUUACAAACCAGCAGUUCCAACACUUCACCAACCAGACAGGCUACAUUACAGAGGUAACACACGCACACACUUACAGGACCAUAAUUCAAAUAAUUGCCACAAACACAGACUAAAACAGCUGUCUGUGUCUGCAGGCAGAGCGUUUCAGAGACUCUUUUGUUUUUGAGGGACUUCUGAGUGAGGAGGUGAAUGCAGCGAGAGAAAUCUACACAAACAUUUGAUUAUACAUACUCUGUUUUUCUUGAAUUGUAUAUCUCUGUAUUAAUUAGGUUUUUACUAUAAUGUUGGCUAUAUACUGUAUGAUAUAUAAUGUAAAAAAAAUAAAACGGUUCUGAAAAAAUGGGUAGUUGACAUGUCAAGCAGUCAUGGCAAACUUUAAACAUAUUUUUGUAAUUCUUGUACAGCUUUUGUUAUGCAUUCAGGUUUUCCUGUUAAUUCAAAAAACACAUUUUAUAUUUUUAUUUAAAUGAACUGCAAAAAAAAUCUAAAAGCUGAUUAAAGUGGAAAAGAAAUUAUGACCAGUUACAUCAUCUAAAAUGUACACUUUCCCUUAUUCAGUCAUAUAAAUUACCCUUAAAUCUUGGUUGAAAAAAUAUUAAUGUCUAUGUUAUUUGUUAACUGCCCAAAUAUAUCUGUGUAAAAAUGUAUGACCGGUAAAAUUAAUUCAAGAGGGGCUUGAGAACACGUCUUGAAAAGAGGGGAGGAGUGGAACAGGAAGAUCAGUGGUUAAGAUCAUAAAACACAAGUAAAAAAUUAACUGCAAAUAUAGUUAAAUAAUGAGCCUGUGUGACUGUGCAUGUAUAAACUCCUGUUUUAGGACAAAGAGCUAGAGACUGCAAUCUCCAAAUAGAGUCAAGAAUGGUCCAGAGUUGUGUUUUUCAUUCAGUGUGAUAAUUAUGGUCUUCUUGUGCAACAAUUUAUAUGGUGCACUAUAGCAGGUUUCUUUUUAUAUUAUAACGGUCAGUAGAUGGCUUACUGCACCUUAGUGGUCACCAGUGAGGUAAAACUAAAUCUGCACCUUCAUGUAAUGCAGCUUAUCAUUGCAAUACAAAACAAAUAAUAUAAUCAGAUGAUACUUGGUUCUGCUUGUAAGUCACAAAACACACUUUUAGGUCACAUUUAGGUUACAUUAUUUACUUCAUUCCCACUCUGUGUCUAGGAUGAAUGUGCUUUAUGUGUCCUGCUCUGACGCUCAGGCGUACUGUCAUUGGGCCAAGCACAGACUCCCCUCUGAGGCAGAGUGGGAGUUCGCCUGUAGCGGUGGCCCGCAGGAUAGGUGAUGUAAUUUCCCGCCAGUGGCUUUGGUCUCUAGGACAUGGUAGGGAAUGCGUGGGAGUGGACGGCAGACUGGUGGAAUGUUCAUCACACUACAGAAAACAAGAACAACCUUUUAAGGCUAAUUUGGAAAGGACCAGAAUCAGGAACAGACAGAGUCAAGAAAGGACGCUCUUAUAUGUGUCACAAGUCAUACUGCUACAGGUACAGGUGUGCGGCCCGUAGUCAGAACACCCCAGACAGUUCUGCCUCUAACCUAGGCUUCUGAUGCGUCUCUGACCCUGAACCAUAACCUCAAAUCUUUAUUUCCUCCAUAGUUCAUUGUUAUAGACCAAGAUGUUGUGCCAUAGACUGAAAUAUCACUU